UAUUUUCAAUUUUGUCCAUGUUAUAGGUACAUAACCAUAACGUUGUUGUUUCUCAUACACAGUAGAAUUUGUAUUCACUUUAUUGCGUUGAUUAUAGCUAGAUUAAAGCUACAAUAGCCCCAACUUAAAGUGAAAAAGGUGCUGGAAUAUUUGUAAUAGGCAAGUAAAGUUGUUAUGGCCGACGAAGAAUACGAAGCAGAAGACGCGGGAGGAGAUUAUGAUGAUAUUGUCGAGGAAGAUGAUAAUAUCGAAGAGACAGAAGAACAGGAAGAGGAUGGAUACAACGUACAGUGCUUGCAGCCAGGACAAGCUGGCGGGGGUGUAGAGAAAUCCAAGCGCAUCACCACCAAAUACAUGACUAAAUAUGAACGCGCGCGGGUUUUAGGUACCAGAGCCUUACAAAUUGCGAUGUGUGCACCAGUGAUGGUGGAACUGGAAGGAGAAACUGAUCCCCUCCAAAUCGCAAUGAAAGAAUUAAAACAUGGCAAGAUCCCUAUCAUCAUCAGAAGAUACCUUCCAGACCAUUCCUACGAAGACUGGAGCAUUGACGAACUCAUUAUCAUAGAUCAAUAAUUAUUUAGACAUAAUCUAACUAUAAGUUACAAUUAAGCUGUACAAAUUUUAUUGUCUAGUAUUUACAAUGACAAGGCUGAUUAAUCAAUCAUCAGAUAAAAGUUUUUCGCAGUAUAAAAUACAACAUAAUCUCAAAUUAUUUCAACUUUUCUAUCCAUUCAGAUUAUAGUAAUAAUGUGUAAUUUAUCUGAAGAUUGAAAAUCAAACCUUAAACAUAGAUCAGUGUGCCUCAUGUCCUACUGAAAUAUCUAUUUUUUUAAAUUGAUUAAAAUUUACAAUCCAUUUAUUUGAA